CUCUCUCUCCCCACCUCUCCCACCCACCCCCAUUCUGCCCCUCACAAGACACUAGUCCAGAAAUCCAGCUUGGCUCAGUGCAAGACAGUGCCAUUUACUCAUUGAGCACUUGUGGCUGAAAAGUCAGCUGCCCUUCUGAGUCAGAAGAUAACCUUGUCACGCUUCUUCCAACAGCAAAAUUUGCCAUGCUUCCCCAGCUGCAGAACACGAUUCAUCAGGUGGCACCGCCACUGCAUGGCUGAGAGUCAGUCUAUUGCUCCACGCGGCCCAGUACAGGACUGGGGUCAGGCCCCAGAAAGCUGGCCAGCAGGGAUGGCUGAGAAGUCUCUCAGGAGCACAGAUUGCUUUUUACUCCUGGAUGAAGUGUUUUGAAGGCAGGAAAGUCAGCCCCUGCAUUUCUUCUUUCAAUGUCAUCAAGAAGGGGCUUGUGGGCUCCAUGAAGGCCUUGCAGAAGCAGUACGUGUCCUGGGACGCGGUGGUGACAAGUGAGGAAACUGAUGCCAACACCGUGUACAGUGCCCUGGAGGCCAUAUUCAUCCAUUGUCUGCACACCAAGCACAUCCUCGCCAAGGAGGGAGACAAAAGGAAGAAGCGUGCCCAACGGAAGCACUCGCCGCAGCCUGCCUUUUGGACCCUCCUGAAAGCUGUCACCGACAAGAAACAGGGAUACUCAUCUUCAAGGGACCUCUUUCAUACCACCACAACAACAUGAACAAACAGCAAAAAUCCCCAUUGCAAGCAGAGGACGAUCAAAGGAGUCCGGAAACCUCAAUGGGCGUUUCCUACAAACUUGACCUCUCUGAUAAAGAAUUCAGAGUUGAAAUCCUCAACAUGUUCAAUGAACUCAAUGCAAAGAUGGACAACUUCAAGGAAGACCUGGCAGAAGCAAUACAACAGACAGCCGACAAAAUAUGGGAAGAAAUGAGAGCAGAAAUAAAAGACCUUCAAAAAGAAAUGAAGGAUUCGGUACAUGAAAUCAAAAACUCUCUGGCUGCCCUCAACAAUAGGAUGACUGCAGCCGAAGACAGAAUCAGUAUGCUUGAAGAUGAGCUGCAAGAGGCCUAUAGGCAAUAACAAACCAUGGCAAGAGACUUCAAAAUAGCUCUAGCCAGAAUCAGAAUCCUAGGGGAUGAUUUCAAGAGGAACAACAUUAGAAUCAUUGGACUACCAGAACUACAGGGAACCAACCCCAACGAAAAAGACACAGUCAAACAAAUCAUUGUGGAAAACUUCCCACAGCUGGACAAUGCGGGCAUCCAGAUUCAAGGCGCCCGAAGAGUGCCAGCUAAAAGAGAUCCUAACAGAAAAACCCCCAAGACAUAUCAUAGUUACAAUGAUGGACAUCAUCCAGAGAGACACAAUACUGCAAGCAGCAAGGUCCAAGAAGGAAAUCGCAUACAAAGGAGCACCUCUUAGACUCACAGCAGAUCUAUCAGAGGAAACCCUCCAAGCUCGAAGGCAAUGGUGGGAUAUAGUGAAAAAACUCAAUGAAAUCAACGCUUCACCAAGAAUACUUUAUCCGGCUAAACUCUCAUUCAAACUAGAAGGAAUCAUACACUACUUUGGGGAUAAACAACAGCUCAGGAACUUCAUAGACUCAAAACCAAACCUAAAAGAAGCACUAAAGGGACUAUUGUAAGACAAGAACAACCCCUACAAGCACAACAAACCCUUGCACAAAGAUGGCACAAAAUCCCAUAACAAUAAUCUCCCUUAAUGUCAAUGGUCUGAAUUCACCAAUUAAGAGACACAGACUGGCAAAAUGGAUUCAAAGAUUGAACCCAACAUUCUUCUGCCUGCAAGAAACACAUCUGAAUAGCCAGAACAAACACAGACUCAAAGUCAAAGGAUGGAAAACAAUCCUGCAAGCAAACAACUCCCUCAAGAAAGCUGGGGUGGCUUUACUAGUAUCGGACAACAUAGACUUCAGGUUGAAAAAGAUUAGAAGGGAUAGUGAAGGGCACUUUUUAUUAAUCACGGGAUGUGUACAUUAGGAAGAAAUCACACUCCUAAAUGUCUACGCACCCAAUGAGGGACCAGCUAAAUACCUACAAUAGCUGCUAAGUGACCUUAAGAAGGACAUCUCGAGCAACACAAUAGUAGUUGGAGACUUCAGCACCGCACUGUCUCCUCUGGACAGAUCAAGAAGAUUAAAACUCACCAAGGAAAUACUGGCUUUGAAGGAAGAAAUAGAGAGAGAGGGCUAAUAGAUCUAUACAGGGCUUUAUAUUCCCCCAAAAAGGAAUACACAUUCUUUUCCAGUGCACAUGGAACAUUUUCCAGAAUACACCAUGCGCUGGGCCACACAGCAUACCUCAACAGAAUCAACAAGAUUGACAUUGUACCAGCUAUCUUUUCAGACCAUGAUGCACUGAAGAUAAAACUUAAUCGUGGACAGAUGCAGAAAACCAAAUCAAACACCUGGAAAUUAAAUAGCUCGAUAUUGAACAAUGAGUGGGUCAGGAAGGAAAUCAAGGAAGAAAUCAAAAGGUACCUAGAAACAAAUGAGAAUGAAGACACGAGCUACCAGAACCUGUGGGACGCAGCUAAAGCCAUUUUAAGGGGAAAAUUUAUAGCUCUGCAAGCAUAUCUCAGGAAGGAAGAAAGGGCCCACAUAAAUAACUUGACUUCACAGCUCAAGACCUUAGAAAAGGACCAACAAAAGGAGCCCAAACCAGGCAGAAGGAAAGAGAUAAUAAA